AUGUGCUCCAAAGGGAAUUGUGAAGUGCAGGGCGUCUACCCGGUGGAUUUUCUGGAAGAUGACCCAGGGAGACAUCAGGAAGUGGCUGCGGCUUACCAUGCCUCCCUCAGGCAAGGGACUGGGGACACACGAGAAGUGUUCUUCCUUCCCACCGGGAAGCAGGUUCAACUCAAAAACCUCGUCCAUGUGCUUCUGCGCUUUGUACCGGGAGAACCCCAGCAGAAAAUACUGGCUUUGGUUCAUCCGCAGGACACGAAGACAGUUGUGGCUGUUUACUUAAAGGGAUCCUGGUGGUGCAUUGAAGACAUUCUCAGAACUUCUGAUCCUGCCAGGAAAGGUCUCCUGAAGGUCCAAUCUUUUGGGGAAAGGAUUGUGCUCUUCAUUCUAAAUGUCGUUGUUUUUGGAAGACUGGAGAGAAGCGUGAAGGAGGACGACAUGUUUUUCCUACCGCACUCUGCGAGAGAGCAGGCUAAGAUUCCGUGGAGAGGUGGAGCAGCCAUUGGAUUCUACUCAACCAAGAUGAAAGAGGGCGGCCAUGAGAAACCAAGAGAGCACCGCGUCUUCCCCGUGGUAAGUAAAUGCUCCUCGCUUUCUCUCCUCCUCUCCCGUAUUGCAGCCCUGAAGAAGAUCAGGAGAGCUGAUGGCAGAGACGCCGGGCAGAGCCCCUUCAAGGACAAGAAGGAGAAAGGGGAGGGUUCAGAUUCCCAGCCAGACAUGGUCCACCGUACCCUAAAACUUAGGGGUCCUCUCCUGGCUCCCCAAGGACCUGGAGGAAGCACCACCUUCAUCAACAGCCAUAAAAAUGGAAGCCAGAUGGUCAGUACCCAAGGCCCUUCCCUGUUCCUGGGGGCCUCACGGUCACUGGCGGCUCAGGCCACUCAGGCCCAAUAG